AUCAACCUUAAAGUUUUAGGUUAAGUUCAAUUUUUGACAUUUGCUGUCAAUUUAUGUGAAUUUGUAAUUUUGAAAAAGUGAACCGUAAUUGUAUGGUGUGCUGUUAAUAUUUUAAAGUUUACCGUGCUCUAACAGUUAUCAAAAUGACUGUUAUAAGUUUGAUGGAAGUUGAUGGUUCAAAGGGGGAAGGAUUUCGAUCGUAUUACAUUCAAAAAAUCGAAGAGCUCCAGUUAAUCGUGGCCGAAAAGAGUCAAAAUUUGCGCCGUUUACAGGCUCAACGUAAUGAACUCAAUGCGAAAGUUCGCAUGUUACGUGAGGAGCUCAUGUUGUUACAAGAGCAAGGCAGUUAUGUCGGGGAAGUCGUCAAACCAAUGGAUAAAAAGAAGGUUUUGGUGAAGGUGCAUCCUGAAGGAAAGUUUGUUGUUGAUAUCGAUAAGAAUAUCGACAUUAACAAUGUUACUCCUAACUGUCGUGUUGCACUGCGAAAUGAAAGUUAUACUCUUCACAAGAUUCUGCCAAAUAAGGUUGAUCCGUUGGUGUCACUUAUGAUGGUGGAAAAGGUUCCCGAUUCUACCUAUGAAAUGGUCGGCGGCCUGGACAAACAAAUCAAAGAAAUUAAGGAAGUUAUUGAAUUGCCUGUGAAGCAUCCCGAGUUAUUUGAUGCUUUAGGUAUUGCUCAGCCAAAAGGAGUUCUUCUGUAUGGUCCUCCAGGUACGGGAAAGACUCUGCUAGCGAGAGCGGUCGCACAUCACACAGAAUGCACGUUCAUUCGUGUCUCCGGAUCGGAGUUGGUUCAAAAGUUUAUUGGUGAAGGUUCCAGAAUGGUGCGUGAACUAUUCGUUAUGGCUCGUGAGCAUGCGCCGUCCAUUAUAUUUAUGGAUGAAAUAGAUUCAAUUGGAUCGUCACGUAUUGAAUCCGGGUCUGGUGGUGACUCUGAAGUCCAAAGGACUAUGCUGGAGCUUCUGAAUCAACUGGACGGUUUUGAAGCUACUAAGAAUAUUAAAGUGAUAAUGGCCACGAAUCGAAUUGAUAUCUUAGAUCCUGCUUUACUGCGGCCAGGGCGUAUCGACCGUAAAAUUGAGUUUCCUCCACCAAAUGAAGAAGCUCGUUUGGAUAUUCUCAAAAUCCAUUCUAGAAAAAUGAAUUUAACCAGAGGUAUUAACUUAAGGAAGAUAGCAGAAUUGAUGCCUGGCGCAAGUGGUGCUGAAGUUAAGGGUGUCUGCACUGAAGCAGGGAUGUAUGCGUUGCGUGAACGUAGAGUUCACGUCACACAGGAAGAUUUCGAAAUGGCGGUUGCCAAAGUGAUGCAGAAAGAUUCCGAGAAGAAUAUGUCCAUCAAGAAGUUAUGGAAGUAAUUUGUAUUUUGUAAAUUUCAAGUGUGCAUAUUCAUUUCCUCAUCAUCCUCUUAAGUUUCUAUACAUUAAAUUGUGAGAAUAACAAA